UUUGAUUGACAAGAAAAGAAGAAAAAAAAGAGGAGGAAAGCAAGAAAAUUAUGAGAGGGGCCACGAAGCACUAAUGGUGUUACACACUACACAUUUCUUCUCUUACUUUUUCUCCGUCCUUCUAGAUUCCUUCACUAGACAACCUUCUCACCGUCUCUCUUCAUCAUUGCGAUUCUGAUCUCUGCGUUAACCACCGUUGGUUUUGUAAUCUAAUAUUAUGGCAGAAGCUGAGGAGAUUCAACCACUUGUUGUCGAUAACGGAACCGGUAUGGUCAAGGCUGGUUUUGCUGGUGACGAUGCUCCGAGAGCAGUCUUCCCUAGCAUCAUAGGUCGUCCUAGACAUGCUGGUGUUAUGGUUGGAAUGGGACAGAAAGAUGCUUACGUUGGAGACGAGGCUCAAUCCAAAAGAGGUAUACUUACCUUGAAGUAUCCCAUUGAACAUGGUAUAGUUAGUAACUGGGAUGACAUGGAGAAAAUUUGGCAUCACACUUUCUACAAUGAGCUUCGUGUUGCUCCUGAGGAACACCCUGUGCUUCUUACUGAAGCUCCUCUCAACCCUAAAGCUAACAGAGAGAAGAUGACUCAGAUCAUGUUUGAGACUUUUGAUGUCCCUGCUAUGUAUGUCGCCAUUCAAGCGGUGCUUUCGCUUUACGCCAGUGGCCGUACCACAGGUAUUGUGUUGGAUUCUGGUGAUGGAGUGAGUCACACGGUUCCUAUCUACGAAGGCUAUGCGCUUCCUCAUGCUAUUCUUAGGCUUGACUUAGCUGGACGAGAUCUUACUGAUGCUUUAAUGAAGAUCUUGACAGAGAGAGGGUACACAUUCACCACAAGCGCUGAGAGAGAAAUCGUGAGAGACAUCAAGGAGAAGCUUUCCUACGUGGCGUUGGAUUACGAGCAGGAGGUUGAGACAGCCAAAUCAAGCUCUGCCAUCGAGAAGACUUAUGAGCUCCCUGAUGGUCAGGUGAUCACUAUUGGCGCAGAACGGUUCCGGUGUCCAGAAGUCCUCUUUCAGCCAUCGUUUGUCGGGAUGGAAGCACCGGGGAUUCAUGAGACAACUUAUAAUUCUAUCAUGAAAUGUGAUGUUGACAUCAGGAAGGACUUGUAUGGUAAUAUUGUGCUUAGUGGUGGCUCGACCAUGUUUCCCGGAAUUGCUGAUCGUAUGAGCAAAGAGAUCACCGCCUUGGCUCCAAGCAGUAUGAAGAUUAAGGUGGUCGCGCCACCUGAGAGGAAGUAUAGUGUAUGGAUUGGAGGUUCCAUCUUGGCUUCUCUUAGCACAUUCCAACAGAUGUGGAUAUCAAAGGCAGAAUAUGAGGAAUCAGGACCAGCCAUUGUUCACAGGAAGUGCUUCUAGACACAACCUAUUGGCUUUGUGUUUGUGGUUUUCGGCUUGUUGAUUGAUAAAACUGGUUAAAGUGAAUAUAAUAUUAUUUAUAUUUGGUAUUGGCUUCUUAUGAGUUUUGUUUCCUUAUGGUUGUUCAUGUAUGUUUUGUGGAAAAUGGAGUCUUGUGUGUAUGCAAAUGUUGGACUAUUUCUAUAUUGAUAGUAUUGGAUUUGAGUUUUCUAAGAAAGUGGGUGAAUUGCUUCACAAAAGUAAGUGUAGUCUAGUCACAAAAUCUAUUUUGAUUAGGGAAUUUGACAUCAUAAAUCUUAUGUUUUUAAUCCAUCAAAGAUAGGUUAUAAGAAGUCCAAAAUAAAAAAGUUAUAAGAAAUCAAUUCACAAACCACAUGAUUUUGUCAGCUUCCUUCAGAAAUAUUGAUUUAUAACAAGAAAUUUUUCAUUUAAUGGAAACGAAGAUCUACCAAACUUUUUUUGGGUGAAAGAUGUUAAGUCAGCUUGUUUGAGAUAUCUUGAUCUCCCUGCUCAUGCAAUAAUAAACCUGCAGGUUAGGGAACUUUUUAUAAAUAAGAUAAGACUCCUUUUUACGAGCAUGACUAACCUUCACUUACCUGAUAGUGAAAAAUGAUACUGAGGUCUACAACUCCUUCAACUGUUUGGCUGAUACAAAAUUUGGAUAUUGAUCUGAUUUUUAAAAGAACAUCUUCAACUUCUACUUGAAACCUUUUUUUCUUCUUCCAGUGGGUUUCCUCCUUAUGCAAGGAAAGACUCAAUCACACAAUUCUUUUUUUUUUUUCAAUUACACAAUCACAUGUCAGUAAAAUAUACUUUAAAGAAAUAUUAUGUAUACGUAGUUUACCCAAUGUUUUUAAACACCACCGGACAUUGAACUGGAUAACUUACCGGAUCAUUGGGUCAUUGGGCCGACCGCAGGCGAAUCGCAUGUUAAUAAAUUAAUUAAUUUUAAUAUACAAUUAUAUAUUAGAUAUCGAAAAUAUAAAAGAUAUUUUUUUAAAGUAUAUAAAAACUUAUGACAUAUAAUAAAACAUAGAAAGACUUAAAUCUCAUAAGUUUUAAAUAUCUAAUGUCAAAAAAUUAAAUAUUAAACCACAAAUAAACCGAAAAUAAAAUAUCAAGAUUUUCAAUAACAAAAAUAAAUUAAUAUCAAAUCUCAUUAUCUAAUUUUGGUUCUUUCUAUCAUUGUUUAAUAUAUCUUCUUCGGGCGGCAUAAUAUAAUGUUCAUAAAAAUAUAAAUAUCACAACAAAAUAGUUAGUCAAUAUUAUAUAUAAUUUUACAGAAUUUAAUAAAAUCAAUGACUUCGAUUCAUGACAAAAAAAUAUUUAUUUAGAAACAUGUAAAAAAGAAAGAUAAAUCAUGUGGUUCACAAAAAAAAAGAGAAAAAUACAGUUUAUAUGAAAGAAGUUAGAAUCUAUAAAGAAUGUUAGAACAAAUGUUAUUCAUGAUAAACAAAUUAUGUAAAAAAAAUAUAAGAAAGUUAAAGGAAAUAUAUAGUAUAUGUGACAGUAAGGAAAACGAUAAGUUCACGAAAAAACUAAAUAUUUAAAAGUAAAAAAAAAACCCAACUUCUUAUUUAGAAUACAAAAUAUAUUUAAUAAAAUAAUUAAAAAUCAAAGAAAAAACUAAAUAAAAAUUACUUACUGGUUCACCCGGUAGUUUAACCGGUAGUCGGUUGUCGGGUUUAAAGGUUUUAGCGGGUUUUAUUUGGUUUAUAAGCAACAUAUAUUUCUUAAAACUUAAACCAGAUUACUUAGCGGGUCACCGUAUUUGCCAGUCUGACCGUGGGUCUGGGUCGGACGUAAAAACACUGAGUUUAACCAUUUUCGUAGCACUUUCUUCUAAUUAAUGCAUUUUUGAGAAAGUUGUUUUUUAAAAAAAACUAGUGAACCAAAAUAUUUAUAUGUGAGUUAUAAAUAUUAUGUUUUGCAUUUUAUUGUGUGUUUAUUAUUUAUUUAUAAAAAUUUAGUGAAUAUGAAGAUAGGAAAAGAAAAUAUAAUAUAUAUAUAAAAAAUUCAAGAUAAACUUGAGGUUGAGAGCAACCCACCCUGUUGAACAUAAAAAAAGGCAACCAUUCACCAUCAAAAUGAAGUUCCUCGACAUGCCCUAAUGGUGUCACAAACCACACAUUUCUUAUCUUUCACUAAACAGACUUCUCAAGGUCCUCUCCAUCUCUCUCACUCCAUCAUUGCGAUUCUGAUCUCUGCGUUAGCCACCAUAAGUUUCUUUUCUUCAGCUCGUUUAACUUUUUUUGUCUUUACUAUCUGUUUUGAUAUGAUGUUUUUUUUUGUUUUAACAGCUCCCCUUGUCGAAAUCUGAUCCUUUUUCUCUGGUUUAGGUUUUAUAAUCCAAUGUUAUGGCAGAAUCUGAGGAGAUUCAACCACUUGUUGUGGAUAACGGAACCGGAAUGGUCAAGGCUGGUUUUGCUGGUGACGAUGCUCCCAGAGCAGUCUUCCCGAGCAAAAUAGGUCGUCCUAGGGAUGCUGGUGUUAUAGUUGGAAUGGAACAAAAAGAUGUCUACAUUGGCGACGAGGCUCAUUCCAAAAGAGGUAUACUUACCUUGAAGUAUCCAAUUGAACAUGGUAUUGUUAGUGACUGGGAUGACAUGGAGAAGAUUUUGCAUCACACUUUCUACAAUGAGCUUCGUGUUGCUCCUGAGGAACACCCUAUGCUUCUUACCGAAGCUCCUCACAACCCUAAAGCCAACAGAGAGAGGAUUACUCGGAUCAUGUUUGAGGCUUUUCAUGUCCGUGGUAUAAUGUAGCCAUUCAAGCAGUGCUUUCACUUUAUGCCAGUGGCCGGACUACAGGUAUUGUGUUGGAUUCUGGUGAUGGAGUGAGUCACACAGCUCCUAUUUACGAAGGCUAUGCGCUUCCUCAUGCUAUCAAUAGGCUUGACUUAGCUGGACGCGAUCUUAGCGAUGCUUUGAGGAAUAUCUUAACAGAGAGAGAGGGUACACAUUCACCACAAGUGCUGAGAUAGAAAUCGUGAGAGACCUCAAGGAGAAGCUUGCCUAUGUGGCGUUGGAUUAAGAGCAGGAGGUUGAGACAGCCAAAUCGAGCUCUGCAAUCGAGAAGACCUAUGAGCUUCCUGAUGGUCAGGUGAUCACGAUUGCCGCUGAACGAUUCCGGUGCCCGGAAGUCUUCUUUCAGCCAUACUUUGUCGGAAUGGAAGCACCGGGGAUUCAUGAGACAACUUAUAAUUCUAUCAUGAAAUGUGAUGUUGACAUCAGGAAGGACUUGUAUGGUAACAUUGUGCUUAGUGGUGGCUCGACCGUGUUCCAGGAAUUGCUGAUCGUAGGAGUAAAGAGAUCACGGCGUUGGCACCAAUCAACAUGAAGAUUAAGGUGGUCGCACCACCUGAGAGGAAGUAUAGUGUAUGGAUUGGAGGUUCCAUCUUGGCUUCUCUUAGCACAUUCCAACAUAUGUGGAUAUCAAAGGCAGAAUAUGAGGAAUCAGGACCAGCCAUUGUUCACAGGAAGUGCUCCUAGACCACCUAUUGGGGUUUGUGGUUUUCGGCUUGUUGAUUGAUGAAACUAUAUUAAAUUAAUAUAUAUAUAUAUAUAUAUAUAUAUAUAUAUAUAUAUAUAUAUAUAUAUAUAUAUAUAUGUUUGGUAUUGGCUUUUUUUGAGUUUUCUUCCUUUAUGAUUGUCCAUGUAUGCUUUGUGGAAAAUGGAGUCGGAUGUGUGUGUACAAAUGUUCGGACUGUUUCUAUCUCUGAUAGUACGCCUUUCGUAUUUUUUUAUUUGACGUUUUCCAGCUUUGCUCAAACAUUAAGAAAACUGAUGCAAUCUCUAUUUUAACA